AUGCUGAGAAAUUUAUCGUUAAAGAGUACCAGGCAAUUCAGCGGUGUUAGAUGUCAAUCAACACUCCCUUCACUUACAAAUCUAAACGCCAGCUGGAACACCUUGUCCACUGAAGAGAAGCAAGCGGUUUACACUGGAAUCGUUGAAAGGCAGAAAUUGAACUGGAAUGAAUUGAGUUUGGAGGAGAAGAGAGCUGCAUACUUCAUUUCAUUUGGCUCACAUGGGCCUCGUAAAGCACUCGUCGAGGAAGGUGGUAAUACAAAGGUAUUUGUUGGUGUUGUAGCAUCUUUGGCUGCAACCGCUGCACUUUACUUCGGAAUAAGAUCAUUCGCAGCACCACCACCUCAAACAAUGUCAAAGGAAUGGCAAGAAGCUUCCACAGAGUACAUGAGAGAACAAAAUUCAAACCCUAUCUCUGGUGUUUCCUCUGAAGGCUACAAAGAUGGAACUCCUUCUGGUUUUACUCAGACUGGUCAUCUGGCUCAUUUUAAUCUGAAACCUGAGUUUAAUACAUACAAACAUCUCAUUGGUCAAGUCAUUCUAGACAAGAAUCAAAACAUUGACACAGUAGUUAACAAGUUGGAUACUAUUGAUAACCAAUUCAGAGUUUUCCCUAUGGAGCUUUUAGCUGGUGCUCCUAACUAUAUAGUCACCACAAAAGAAUCUGAUUCAGUUUUCACCUUUGACUUCUCAAAAGUUUAUUGGAAUUCAAGGCUCUCAACUGAGCACUCACGUAUAAUUAACCUCUUCAAACCUUUUCAAGUUGUCGCUGAUGUUAUGGCUGGCGUUGGCCCUUUCGCUAUCCCUUCUGGUAGAAAUUCUACACGGUUCUUAGCAAAUGAUCUCAAUCCUGAUAGUUUUCACUGGCUUAAACAUAAUAUCAAGCAAAAUAAAGUUGACUCAUUUGUUAGACCGUCUAAUUUGGAUGGAAGGGAGUUCAUAAAAUCUGCACACAAAUCUCUCAAAUCCAAUCCAUUCCCUGAAACAACACCAAUACUCACCCAAAAACAACAAAAGGAGCUAAAGAGAUCGGUUACUCAAUUCCCAACUCAUCCUCCACAAGAUUACAUUGAUCACUACGUGAUGAACUUACCUGCAACCGCAAUAGAAUUCUUAGAUGCUUUUAAGCCGACAUACACUGAAAUUCAGCAACAAAACAAACACAACCAGCAAGCACUCUCACUGACACGGCCAAUGGUACAUGUUCACUGCUUUUCGAAGGCUGAAGAUAAGCAACUUGCGACUGCGGAAAUAUGUGAGAGAGCAACAAAUGCACUAGAUCACCCUAUCACACCUGAUAUCGAUGAUUACAACUUACAUCACGUUAGAUCUGUAGCUCCGAAUAAGGAAAUGUACUGUCUCAGCUUCCGCAUUCCGCAAUUCGUCUAA